AUGGUGAAGAGUAAUAGAUUUUCCAUCCUUAGUAAAACUGUACCUAUUUUUGUACCCAUCAUGCAUUAUCUUCCUGUCAUAUUGCCAUGGUCUUCUCAAAUGCAUAGGAAUUACAUCACACAACAAUUCGUCAUGACUUCUACAAUUUGUAUCCUGAUUCCUAGGGGCUUGGGAAUCCGCCUUAGUGUAGGAGGAAGCCAAAUAGGCACAAUUAAAGCGGUGGCCAUUAUCUCCGGCGAUAACAAUAUCAAAGGCACCCUCCAAUUUCUUCAACAACUUCCCACUGGAGCAACCCAUGUCAAAGGACGAAUUAGUGGACUCAGUCCUGGCCUCCAUGGUUUCCAUAUUCACGCUCUUGGCGACACCACCAAUGGCUGCAAUUCAACUGGACCCCACUAUAAUCCCUUAAAGAGGGAUCAUGGAGCUCCAAUUGAUGACGAACGUCAUGCCGGCGAUCUGGGAAAUAUAGUGGCUGGUCCAGAUGGGACUGCUGAGAUUUCAAUUACAGACAAGCAGAUUCCACUAACUAGUCAGCAUUCGAUUUUGGGAAGAGCUGUUGUUGUGCAUGCUGAUCCUGAUGACCUAGGAAGAGGUGGACAUGAACUUAGCAAGACCACAGGGAACGCGGGUGCCAGAGUUGGAUGUGGUAUCAUCGGACUUCAAUCAUCUGUUUAGCAGCUGUUAAGAUUGUAGUUUCAGUCAAAAUAAGCUAAGCCUUUUUUAAGGUGCUUAUAGGCUCGAGCCAAACAUGCUUCAGUCUUAUCACAUGUUGGGAUACUUGAGUAUCACUUUCUCGUAACGUGUAAAAUGUGUCUGAAUCUGAUGAUAUAAUAAUAUUGAAUUUCCUUUUGUCUA